ACUUCUUGUGAUCUUCUCCCUCACACAGUCACACUCACACUCUUCUCUCUCUAAAAUGGCGCCACGCCGAGGCCCCAAAUCCGGGAAACCCUCGCCGGCGGGGUCAUGGGCCAUGAGCGGGGCGAAGCCACCCACCAACGUGGACUCCGCGACGGCGGCCGACGUGUGGCGCGGGUGCUGCAACCCGGACGGAGACACGGAGCAUCUGCGUACGUACAUCCGCACCGAGCUCCUCCCCGCCUUUCCCGCCGUCGAGGCCGCGCGGUUCGCCUCCCUCCCCGCCCGCGACGGCGUCGACCGCAUCAGCCUCCUCCCCGACGCGCUCCUGCGCAACAUCGUCUCCCGCCUCUUCGUCACGGAGGCCGCCGCCACCGCCCUCCUCGCCUCGCGCUGGCGCCGGGUCUGGCUCUCCGCGCCUCUCGUCCUCAGCGACGCCUACAUCAGCCCCAGCGGCGGCUCGCCGCCCAUCACCGACUCCGUCUCCUACAUCCUCGAAGCGCACCCGGGGCCCUUCCGCUGCGUCCACCUCGUCUCCAGCAAGAUGGGCGCGCGCCAGGCUCAGCUCGCCCGCUGGCUCGACCUCCUCGCCGCCAAGGGCGUCCAGGAGCUCGUGCUCCUCAACCGCCCGCUGCCGCUCGAUGUGCCCCUCCCUGCCACGCUCUUCAGCGUCACCACCCUCACCCGCCUCUACAUCGGCCUCUGGAAGUUCCCGGACGUGGCCAGGAUACCGCGCGGCACCUCCUUCCCCUAUCUCCGUGAGCUCGGCAUCUGCAGCGUCGUCAUGGAGGACGGAGACAUCGAGUCCUUCGUCGCCAGAAGCCCUGUCCUGGAGGUCCUCAGCAUCCAGGGAAACAACAAGGGGCUGCGCCUUCGCAUCGUCAGCCAGAGCAUCCGGUGCGUGCAAAUUUGCGGCUCCGUUCUGGAGAGCAUCACCGUAGUGAAGGCUCCACUUCUUGACAGACUCAUCCUGGAGGGACCUCGGGGCAACACUGGUGGCUUCAGCACCAGAGUCCUGAUUGGUGAUGCCCCCAAGCUCCACGCUUUGGGAAUCUUGGAGCCAGGAAACCACAUUCUAGAGACCCGAGACGUCGUGGCUGGGAUAAAACCAACCUCACGCACCAUGGUCACGACUGUCAAGACCCUGAGUUUGAAGGUGCGUUUCGGAAACCACAAUGACGUCAAGAUGCUGCCCACCUUCCUCAGAUGUUUUCCCAAUCUGGAGAAACUCCACAUUACAUCUGGAAAAUGUGAUUUUGAAGCUGGCAGUACCAGGCUCAACCUCAAGUUCUGGGAGUUGGCUAAACCCACCGAAAAUGUCAAGUCGUGCAUUAAGGUGUUGUCUUUCCGUGAAUUCCGGGGGGAGAUAGGUGAGGUUGCUUUCAUCAAGUUCUUCUUCCGGAAUGCGAGGGUCCUUGAGAAUGCAUCGAUUGGUAUGGCCAAUCCAAGCGUCACACCAUUUUGUACCAAAGAGGCAUUUUCCAAAGCGUCAAAAGCUUAUAAGGCGUCCAGUAAAUCUGAGAUCAAUAUGGUGAUUCUUGGUAGCACAGGUCCUGAAGGAGGCAACCUCUGGAGCUUUAAGACGGGAGCCGAUUACACUUUUGAUGACCCUUUCUCAGCAGUGGAGAUGCACGUCACUAAAGAUGAAGAGUAAAUCCUGCAAUAUCCACGUGGCACCGUGGAAGUUUUUUGGAUGUCAAUGACAAAAUAUGUUGUAUCUGAACUAGAAAUCCUGCAAUAUCUGCUUCGCUUGCUACCGAUGUCCUGACUUUUGGGGUAUUGCAUUGCAUACUUUGUGUUAAA